AAAAAAAUAAAACUUUUUUGGGCUUGUACCAAAAAGGAAGGGUACUAAACCGUAACAAUGCUUGAAAUGCAAGAAUUUGAAGUAAUUCCACCGACUUACACUGAAUCAGUUCCAUCGUUUGUGUUGCGAUUCUUUUCUGAAACUCUGCAAAGGUCAGGUGUUUGAUAUAAUGGAGGAAGGAGAUAACAUUCGCGAUGCCAUGUAUGAGGAUGUUGACAUGAUUGAUGUUGAAGAAGGAGAGUUCGUGGAGUCCAAUUCGCAAAAUUUUAUUAGUGCUGGAGAUAUCAAUGAACCAAACCAACAAACUCAUAGCGAGAACUCAAAGUGUGGAGCUAGCAAGAAGAAAAAGAAGAAGAAGAAUAAGAGAAAGAGAAAGGGUUCAGGAUCAGGAUCAGGAUCUAAUGGCAUGAACAUAGACAGAUUUGUGUUAGAUACCUGUCGCCGUUUGAAAGAGAAAAAGUCAUACAUGGUAUACACUGCUGCGGGUUGUCUUGGAAUCUCUGCAUUAAGUGAUAUCAUCAAAGAGGUUUAUGCAGUACAGGCUUGCGGGGGCCAAAAGACUGCUGAUGGUAGACGAUUCCGUAAUGGGGGUGGCAUUUUGUGGAACAUCAUAAAAGUUCGGGAUCCAAAUGCCUACAAAGAGAUAAUGAAAAAGGCUAAGGAGUUUGAGAAACAAUUCAGGAAGCCAAAUGUUAAUCAACUAAAUGUGGCAAAGAAAGAGGAUUCUUCUGAAGGAGUGGCCUUUUCAUUUGCUGGGAGUGACCAGGGAAAUGUUUCGGACAGUGCCUUUCUUGCAUCAGAAAUGCAAAAUCAACAUGAACCAGUUACUUCUAAAGAAAAAUCUACAUCUGUUCAUGAUAGGUUAAGGAUACCCGUUUCCUAUGACGAUGAUCUGCUCGGAGAAAACCCAGUCAAUGAUGCAACCUGGCUCUAAAAAGAAAGUGGCCUUCGUCACUAGACAUGUUCUCCGUCUACGAUGGAAGUCUACCGAAGCAUCUCUUUCAUCUCUCUCAGGCGAAGGCGCCAUUCUUCUUUCCUGCCGACCUUUUUGCUUUUUUUAAAAUGAUGGAUGAAGUGAUGCACUUGCCUCAGAUAGAUAUCGAUUUAUGUGUUGAUAACUGAACUUGAUCACGUUCUGAAUUUAUGAAAAAGAAACAGAACUGCAAGUCUUUUUUACUUGUCAUCAUAAAAUUAGGAGUUUGAAAUUACUUUCCUCAUAAUUGUUACGUGCUCAAUGUAUAAAUUAUGUUGCAGUUUCAUCAUUUUUCUAAUCACCACAUCAAUU